GUAGAAUUACAAGGCUUAGAAUUAGACAAGAUGGACAAGACUAGGUGGAGAAGCAAUAUCGCCUGUAAUACAGUUAAAAGGUGCAAACAGUUUGAAGUAUUUCUUAGUACAGAUAAACAAGAGUGGCAAAUAAAGGGCACAAGCUCUAUUAUAGAGGAUCUAAUACCACCCAAACAACAGCUCAGAGCUCUAAGGGGUAAAUGUAUAACUGAAAUGAAAGCACGGUGGUUUAGCGAAAUAGAAAAGAAGCUCGAGAAAUCAAAAACAAACAAGAGAUGCAAGCCCUGGAUAGUACUGAAAGAUCAAGAUUCAACAGCUUCAGUAAUCGGUCAUGUUUUAGAUGCUAAUGGUGAAGAUACAUACUUCGAACACUGGCUAACGGAGCCCAGUCACAAUACAGGGUUACUGCACCGAUGUACUAGAUGUAGUAUAAAUAUAGCAAAUGAAGCAAAUCAAUGUGUAAGCAAGAAGUCGAUAACACAAGACCUUCAUCAAGUUAAAAGUAUAGAAGAGAGUUUUGUAGAGCUGCAGCCAAUCGAAAACAUAGACAUCACCUUCAUUAAAAGUCAGCACUUUAAACCAAAAGUUGAAAAGUUAUUAAUUGAAAACAUAAAUUUCAACUUAUACAAAAGAACCAAAAACCCGAUGUUCUUUAUGGAUGGAUCCUUGAUACGUCCAAAUGAUAAAUCUGCGAAUAUUGAUCUAAUAGGAGCAGGACCCGAACUGGCAGCGAUCUGGUGUGCAUUAUUAACAACAUGCUCAGGAAGUAUAGUUGAGAUUAAUACGGAUAGUAUGGUUGCAAUUUAUA